AGCGUGUGCGAGGAGCGGGCGCGAGUCUUACGGCGGUCGCGCGCUUCAACGAACCGAGACCGGUGGUGUAUCAUGUGAUUCUCUCUCACAUCGCGAAUACACGAAAAGUAUGGGCACAUCUCCGUUACACGGGAAACUCUGUAUGAUUUAGUAAUAAAUUUGGAGUAUCUUGGUACUUUACCAUGGAACAGUCAGACAGGGUGCAGAUGCAAAUUCUUCAGGUUGAAGAGAUACCAACAGAUAUCAAUGUGCAAACGAUUCAUGUUGAUGAGAAUUUAAAAGCCGCUACCUCUACAGAAGGUAGCCAAGAUUCGCCAAAAGCCUGCAGGCCAGUGUCUACGGAAUCUACGUUAGCAGAUGAUAUCGAUAUCAAAGCAGAAGUCGCAGCAGAAGAUUACUUGGACGCAAGCCAUAUCGAGGUAUCCGUUAAAGAUAUUGACAGUGAUGCUGGGUAUAAUAAUCAGGUAAAAUCUGAGUUGAACAAGUCUGAAACAAAAGUUUAUACGUCAGAACAGGAACAGAUUAAAAUCUAUGAACAUAUAAAAGAUGAGACAAUAGAUUCGAAUCAUGAAUUGCAACACUUGUGCACUGAGGAAGACCAAAGUCAAAAUGUGAUAACUGAAUCUAAAGUAGUAGAAGCAACACAGGAAACAAUAGAUACUUUAGAAAGUGAUUGUAAUGUAGUAGGAGAUGCAAAUCAGUCUGAUAGUAUAGAUAAACAGUGUUUAAUACUAGACGAAUCUAGACUUAGCGAACAUUCUGGGGGCCAGAUUCAUGAUGCGCAUGAAUCAGUUAAAGAAACAAUCAGAGAAAUACAUGAUAAUGACAGUAACCAAAAUAGCUCAAUAGUAACGGAUGCUGAACUGACUAAAUUAGUACAAGAAGAGACGGAGGUAGUUGUAGUAGUAGAAACUAUAGAACCAGCAACAACAGAUGCAGCAGCAGACAAUUUUAUUGUCACUUUAGACGAAAAAGACGUUAACAAAGAGUGCAAUCAAGAGACUAUAGUUACUUUGCAGGAAAAAGAAACUACAAAAUCCAGGCAUGAAGACAAUGAGAUUGAUCUAAUUGAUUACAGCCAAGAAAAUGAUGAUACUAUAAUAGAAGUAACAGAAGUUAUAGAUGCUCCAGUUACAGAACAGUAUGAGCAACAGGAUAAUAAGAACUGCGCAGAGAAUAAUGAAUGUCAUAUAGAAUCUGUAAAAUUAACCGAAAGAAUUGACGAUCACAAAGAUAUAAGUGAUGAAAAUAUCCAAUUAGAGCCAAUUGAUGGGGAAACUCUGAUCAGUUCUAGUAAUAAAGAUGAUAUCACUAUUAUCAUAGAUGAGAAAAUUAUAAUCACAGAAGACGUUGAUUCAGAAGUUACAACAAAUCUGUCACAAAUUGAAAAUACCCAUGAAGAUAUUGAAGAUAUUACUGAGCAUAAACAAAAUAAUACACCUCCUUGCGAAAUACCCCUAGUAGAAUCGUCUGUGAAGAAGAGGAGCGUUAUUCAAGAUAUUUUUGACGAUUGGGGUGUCGAGAAUACAGACGAAGAUGCGCAAUCGACUUCGAAAGUGCACGAUACUGUAGAGAUCGAAUUGAAGAGUCUAUUAGACGAAACGAAAUCAGAUCAGAUUGUUAUAAGUGAAACUCUUCCGGAUAAAACUCCAUUCUCAAACAAAGAAUGUGCCACAGAUGAGAUACAUAAUGUAGAUACAAGCGAGAAGAAUAUCAAAGAUUCUGAACAAACGGAAAAUAAAAAAAAAAAUAAAGAGAUCAAUCAAGAUGCAGUGCCAUUAAAUAGGAGCGAGAAAAAUUCUCCAGCGAGCAAAUCUCCUCAAAACGUAGAAACGCGUGCGUUUAACAAGACAUCGCACAUCGCCACAUCGCUUCCUAAGAAUCGUUCUCGGCAUUUAACAAGUCAGAUAGCAUCACCAGCGGAAGUAACGGAGGUAUUGAAGGAACGUCUUCGCGAGAAGCAGAAGACGGUGGUGGACACACCACGUGGACCAGACAUAUUCUUCGUGAAGAAAUUAACGCAAAGACUGUCCAACAAAUUAGCGGGUAGCUCAGUGAAUCCGGUACCAGGACUUAUCCCUCUGCCACAACAAACCACCCCUUCUUCUACACCUUCACAAUCGACGGUGGAUAACUGUGAUAAGAAGAUAACAAAUGCGCCAGCGGAAACAAGUAAAGAUGGCAAUUCCGACAAUAAGGAACUGUUGGCAAUUUUAGAAGGUGACGUUGAUCCCGAUUGGUCCAUCUUGAAGCCUCCGACUCUCACGGAAGAAGGCAAAACGCCGCCGAACGUCGAAUCGCAAUCGAAUCAUAGUGCACCACCAAAACUCGAUCCAUUAGUCGAACGGGAAUUGGCGCUGAAGCAACUCCUCGAGUUGCCCGUAACGUCACCCAAGAAGAUUUCACCGCGGAAGAAGAAAACUUUCCGUGCGGCACCCGGCAAAAUGUCUAAGGAUGUGGAAAUUCCACUCGCCGCACAGAAGGAGAAGGAACUUGUCGGUAUGGAUUCGGCAAGCGAGAAUGCGCAACCAAAUACCAAACCUGUCGAGAUAAACCUGUGUUCACCGCAAAAAAGCAAUCAAAAAGAUCACGGAAUUGAAAAAAUAGUUACACGAGAAGAAUCGAGAUCGGGUAGGAAGCGAAAACCUACCGAAAAAGCAAGGGAACACGAGCAGAAUACGAUAAAGCGGCAGAAGGUGUACAAGGGUAAGGUUUCGUUGAAUAAGAAGCAAGCGCAGGAGAACAUCUCCGAGGAGAACACGACGAUGGAGAAUCACGUUGUGACGAGCGACGAACUGACGGAUACUGUAAAUAAUGAAAAAAUCGUCGCGAAAGAAGUAACAAGUAAACAGGUCGAGGGUAAAAUGGAUCUGAGUUCGAGUAAAAUCGAAAGUUCUCGGCCGAAACCGAGUCUUGUUAGGAAAGGCUCGCAACCUAUCGCCAAGAGAAAGAUGGUGGUGAAGAGAUUGCUACGCCAGAAGAUGCCGGCUAAUGAAAAGUCCGUUCGAUUGAAAGGUAAAUUGACUCCUUCGCCAAAGAAAUCUCCCCCGAAGACUGUCUCCAAGUCGCAGAAGCGAACGACCGAGAGUGCUUCUGGCGAUGCAAAACCCAAGAAGAAGAUUAUAAACGAGAUAGACCGGUUAUUGCAAGACGAGGGAGUCGUCAAUUUACUAUACGAUGUAGAGCAACCAGAUAAAAAACGCCUGGUUCCCAUCACGAAGUCGCGCGCGAAGGUCAUGGACCUACAGAAGGUUCAGCGCGAACUCAAAAUCAGAAAGAAAUUGGUUCGCAACGCUGUAUUGCGAUUACGCACGUCGACAAUCGCCGGUGUCACAAAAGUGUCACCAAGAUCGAAGAGAGCGGCGAUUUUGACUGAUGUUCAAGCGGACAGAAAGGUAGGAGAGCAGAUCACGUCUCCGAAAACCGCUGCCUCGCCUACGGAAUUCAUACUUCCAGCAAAGAUUAGAAACGCAGCCGACGCGUCCAUCAUUAUCAGGAGGCACUCAUCUAGUUCGUUCUCGAGCGCGUCCGGAAGUCCCAGAGUUAGCGUCGACGCACCGGAGAAACCAACGGAAGUUGCCAAGACGGACGACGGAGCAGUUCACUCUUUGAGAUCUGCCAAGAAGAGACGAGACUCGCAAGACGAGAAAAUUAUUAACGCGAAGAAGAGCAAGAAAAAAACAAUACAAAAGUUUGAUACAGAAUCUGUUACCGCUGUUACUACUGGUACCAUUAGUACUACUACCACAACUACCACGACUACUAGUAAUACUAUUCAUAAUGCGGAUGAAAAAAUCACUGUUGCUGCGCGUCCCAAUAAGAAGUCGGAAAUCAAAAAGCUCGACAAGAUUGGUAAACAACAGGACAAUGUUCACGCGUUUGAAGACAAUGUUUCGAGCAAAGUUACGACCAGGUCCUCGAAUGGCGCAGUAACGGGGAAGAUAACGGCGAAGAGCAGGCGUGCCAUGAAAAGCAAAGUGACUUUUAUUAGAACAGGUGAUCCGGAUAAUACUGAAAAUUCUUCUAAAGAGGAGGAUGAAUUAUCCGCUUGUCUUGCUGAAGCGGCUACCGCUCUUUCGAUCGUCAAUGCUGGUGGUCGAUCUGGAAAUGUUACUACUACACGAAAAAGCAAAGUGAAUGCAAGUAAAAUGGACUUGGAUAGUAAAACAAAAGUGGAAACGCAAGGUCAAUUUAGCAAUAAAGAAAUAAACGUACGUCGGCACGGUAAUCUCGUACAAUUAAUACUUACGCCAUCCUCUUCGACGAAAAUCAGGAAUGCUCUUACAUUGCAGGUGAUGCAAGAAUUCAGAGAGGCCCUAUCGAUACUGAAAAGAGACGACGAAUGUAGGGUAGUACUGUUUACCUCUACAGGAACAAGUUUCUGCGAAGGCCUCGACCUUUCGGAAUUAUUGCAUACAAAUAAAGAAGAACGCCGAUCUGUCGCACAGGAAUUGGCACACGCUGUCAAGGACUUUAUUAAAAGUUUGGCUACUUUUAAUAAACCUAUAGUAGCUGGUGUACAAGGCGCUGCGAUUGGACUCGGAGUGACAAUGUUGCCUCUCUUCGAUCUUGUAAUUGCUAGCGAUAAAGCGACAUUUUGUACCCCUUAUGGGAAAUUAGGACAAAUCGCUGAAGGAGCUGCGGUCUUUACCCUUUCACACAUACUGGGCAGUGCAAUUACGAGCGAACUUCUUUUGGGUGGAAGGACCUUAACGGCGAGCGAAGCGUUAAGAGCUGGUCUUGUUACUCGAGUUUUAUGGCCUGAUCGGUUUCAAGUAGAAUUAUUACCAUCAUUGCGAGCUAUGAGUGAUCAAUCGUCACAGUCCAUGGAAGCAACAAAGGCUCUAUUACGCCACAGUCUACGGAAAAAGUUAGACGCCGCGCUUGAAUCAGAAACAUAUUUGUUGAUUCAGCAUUGGUGUUCCGUAGAGUGCCAGACUGCUAUAAAAGCUUAUAUUGAAGGAAAAAUACAAUAAAUGAUGUGUGCAAGUACUAUUAAUCGUGAGUCUGAAAUAUGUGUUAAAGAAUGGAAGUGAUUGAUAUUUGUGUGGAUAAUGAUGAAUAAUCAUACAAACAGCUGAUGUCAUACAAAAAUUGUGUACUUCUGAUACGACAUUCUACGUCAAUGCACGAUAUUCUUUAGAUUUAAGAUAUAAAUACUAAACCACCACAAAAAGAUUGACUAUUUUACUAUUAGAAAAAAAUC